UGACACUGCACAUUUCAACACUAAGUGUUGACUCAUCUGGGCGGAGAGCUAUAAAAUAAGAUCUGUCCAUUUCAUCUAUUCACUCAAUGACAAUAUGGAGAUUCCUCAGGCUUCAAUCCAUUUCAGACAAAGCCGAUACUGCAGGCUGCUAGCUGUGAUCCUGAUAGCAUUCAACCAUGAUUCCGGCGGCAGGGGAGGCGUGGAGGCGUGGAUGUACAACUACACCACCGUCCCCGUGCGGAACUGGGACUCGGCCCGUCUUUGGUGCCAGGAGCGUUUCACCGACAUGCUGGCCAUCCAGAACCAGGAGGAAAUAUCUUUCCUCAACCAGCUCCUCCCGUUCAACCCGCAGUACUACUGGAUGGGCAUCAGGAAGGUGGAGGGAGUUUGGACCUGGGUGGGGACCGGCGCCAGUCUGACCCCCGAGGCGAAGAACUGGGCCGACGGGGAGCCCAAUAACGUGGGCGUGGGGCAGGACUGCGUGGAGAUAUACAUCAAGAGAGGGAGGGACACGGCCAAGUGGAACGAUGAGAACUGCAGGAAACAGAAGGGAACGGUCUGCUACACAGCUUCCUGUUCCGCUCAGUCCUGCAGUGUCCAUGGGGUGUGUGUGGAGACCAUAGGAAACUACACCUGCCUCUGCCCCCCUGGCUUCCUGGGCCCCAGGUGUGAAGCAGCCGUUCAAUGCGAGCCUGUGGAGGAUCCAGAGCAGGGGUCUGUUGUGUGUGACCACGCCUAUGGAACCUUCCGGUUCAACUCAACCUGUCAGUUCAGCUGCUCCAGGGGAUACCAGCUUGUGGGAGAACCAACCCUGACCUGCCAAGCCUCUGGAAACUGGGACAACCCUGCCCCUAAAUGCCAAGUUCAGGAGUGUCUGACCUUAAACAGCGCCCCCAGUGGCGGAAGUAUGAACUGCAGCGACCCUAUAGCCCUGAACAGCUUCAACUCGACAUGCGAGUUCAGGUGUGAUGAGGGCUUUGAGCUCAAAGGGCCUGAGAAGAUUCAAUGUGACCACACAGGCCUGUGGACUGGCAAUGUGCCCAACUGUACAGUGGUGAGGUGUCCCAUCCUCUCCUCUCCCCCCCUGGGCAACAUGAGUUGUGUCCACUCCCUGGCCUCAUUCUCCUUCACCUCCACCUGCAGCUUCAGGUGUGAGGAGGGCUACUCUCUGACAGGAGACCACACCCUCACCUGUCUGCCUGCUGGGCAAUGGACCAAUCACACUCCUGCGUGUGAAGUGGUGAGGUGUCCCAUCCUCUCCUCUCCCCCCCUGGGCAACAUGAGCUGUGUCCACUCCCUGGCCUCAUUCUCCUUCACCUCCACCUGCAGCUUCAGGUGUGAGGAGGGCUACUCUCUGACAGGAGACCACACCCUCACCUGUCUGCCUGCUGGGCAAUGGACCAAUCACACUCCUGCGUGUGAAGUGGUGCAGUGCGACACCCUAAUAGUUCCCCACCGUGCCUCCAUGAAUUGUUUGGACCCUGUGAAACCGUUCAGUUAUGGUUCCGCUUGUCGUUUCACGUGCGAGGAGGGUUUUCUUCUGAGUGGAUCAAACACCACACAAUGCUCGUCACAGGGCAACUGGAGCCAGACACUUCCUGUUUGUCAGGUUCGGCCGUGCGACACCUUAACCGUUCCCCCUCAUGGAUCCUCCUCCUGCUCUCACCCCCACGGUCCCUUCAGCUUUGGUUCCCACUGUGUGUUCUCCUGUGAGGAGGGCUUCCAGUUAAAUGGCACAGCCCAAACAGAGUGCUCCUCCCUGGGCAUGUGGACCAGUGAAGUUCCCCUCUGUCAAGCUCGUCCCUGCCCCCUGCUGGUGACACCGCCACAUCACGGCUGGAUGAACUGCAUCAAUCCCUACUCCAGCUUUAGUUACAGAUCCCGCUGCCAGUUUGGCUGCGAUGAGGGUUUCCUGCUACAAGGAGCUCCCUCGAUUAACUGCAACACCUCAGGACUCUGGAGUGAAAAGUCGCCUCUGUGCCAAGUGGUGCAGUGUGAGGCCCUGUCGACCCUUCCCCCACGCCUGUACGGGAACUGCUCACACCCCCUGGGGAACUUCAGUUUUGGGUCCGAGUGUCUCCUGUCCUGUGGAGAGGGCCACUACCUGAACGGCACAGCCGCGCUGUCAUGUACCUCCAACGGGCUCUGGAGCAACCCUGUGCCCGUGUGCAGCGCGGAGGAAACUCCCCCGAGGAUGCUGCUGGUGUACGUGGCAGCAGGAGCAGGAGGAGCGAUCGCUGGGAUCCUCCUGCUCCUGGGAGCUGCUCUGCUGGUCAAACGCCUGACAGGGAAGACCGGUCAGCCCAACAUGGACAGCUCUGCCUUUGAAGAGAGGGAAAACCCGGCCUUUCAACCAGACGAGUGAAGCAUCACUGCUACGACAGAAGGAAUGGGACUCUUCAGUUUGGUAAAACUGUUUUGGUUGGGGAACAUAUUUACGUACGAUGCCAUAUGUGGGAUGUGUGGGAUGCCAUGUGUGGGAGUCAGGUGGCUGAGCGGUUAGGGAACCGAGCUAUUAAUCAGAAGGUUGCCGGUUCAAUUCCUGGCUGUGCAAAAUGACGUUGUGUCCUUGGGCAAGGCACUUCACCCUACUUGCCUCGGGGGAAUGUCCCUGUACUUACUGUAAGUCGCUCUGGAUAAGAGCGUCUGCUAAAUGACUAAAUGUAAAUGUGUUAAGAAUACUGUAAAGCGCUGUAAGUGUCUUUUACAUCGUGAUGGUUUUUGUAGAAUCUUGUCUUGAACAAAACUCAGGUAGGACUUGCAAUAGAAGUUGCUCGCUUUUUAACUUUUCUCUCAGGGCCCAUGCACGAUUGGAAAAUAAACGUA